AUGGGGUACACGUCAGACGAAGCAGCCGGAUACACAGAUAAAGUUGUUAAAGACUUAACAGCUCUAAUGAAAGCUAGCGCAGCAUUCUUUGUUACUCUUAUAACCUUUGUGCCUAAGAGCUACUACAAUGUUUAUUUGCAUCUUAAGUCCUUGCUUAUUAAGAGCCAAGCUUUUGAUUCGCAGAACUUAUCACCACGACUGUUCGUUAGUUGGUUAACCGUUCUUAUCUACACUGGAAUCCUUGUUGGAGUUAUUCUCUACGCAUGCAUUAAACGAAAGUCUUCAACUCAUCCCAGCAAAUCCACCACCUAA